AUGUAUAAUCAAAGCUCUGGAGGUCACGGUGACAUGCCCAAGUUGUCAUCGCAGAGGAUCUUGCCCCGUGAAAUGCACAAGCAAGCUCCAGAAGACAAUGAACCUGAACUUGAAAAGGGUUGGUUGUCGCGAGUUUCGUCUUAUCUUUCUUUUGGUCAGAGCACUGAGACUACAACAGAGUCUGAGCCUGAUAACAAGUCUGUUCAAACAACUCCAGAAUCUAAACCGCCUGCUGCCUCGGGUGGUCAAAUUCCGGCGGCUGAGACGAAGAGUCAGUGA